AUGGCUUCAGUGUGGUUGGAGAGCCAUGGUAAGGCCAUCGUCGCGAAGGGCGACACCAUGCAAAUCAAGGACUUUCUGAAGAGCAAAGGUGGAAAAUGGAAUGCUGGGCUGAAAUGUUGGAUCUGGCCUGGCUCAAAAAAGGCUACGCUUCUGCAAGACUUGCAAAGCUGCAGCGCAGUCCAGAAGGUUCAGGACAAGACAGAUUCAGCAACCGCUCAGCCUUCUUCGACAGCUUCCGAAAAGCCCGCCGCGAAAGCAGCCGCAAAGGCCCCUGAGAAGCGAAAUGCUGAGGAAGAGGAGCAGGUCAUUGAGCUUGCCGGGGAUGUCAGGGCCACCGUCAACUCCUUCCAAGGCAAGACUGGCGUUGACCUUCGAAAAUUCUUCACUGACAAGGCUUCCGGAGAGCCCCGACCAACCGCCAAGGGGGUUCGACUCUCACCAACUGAGUGGGAAGCAGUGCGCAAGGCCACGCAUCGAAUCGAUAGCGCGCUGAGUGAGGGCAAGGAGAGCUUUUGGAACUUGGAGGGUGACCUCAAUGCCAGCAUUGGCCCGGGCAGCGUAGACCUUCGCCGCUUUUACGAGGACAAAAAAGAUGGGGAGAAAAAGCCAGGCAAGAAGGGCAUACGUCUUUCAAGUGCACAGUGGAGCUCCUUGAAGGCGGAGAUGGACAGCCUCGACAAGUUCCUGUCGGGCGGCGCAGGUUCAGGUGGCCCUCCCAACAAGAAGCCCAAAGUGCAGAAGGCAAAAGCUGAGAAGCCCUCAGCAGACAUCCCGCAUGAAGAUGAAGAUCACGGAAGGUGGAAAGCUGAGCUCGCCAAGAUCAUGGAAGGCCGUGACCUUCAGCAGCUGAGUUUGCGGAAGGUCCGUGGAGAGUUGGAGGCAGCGCUGAAUUUGCCAGAGGAUGCGCUACUGUCACGCAAGGAGGAGGUAACCGUCACGGCCACAUUUUACCAUUCUUACUGGUGCUCGCCUAAGUUGCCCACAGGUUUUGUAUUGGAGCUGAUGGGCAGGUGCCAGCCAAGGCAGGGUGCGGCGGUGCAUGAGGUGGCCAGCGAGCGUAAGGCGCAGCACCCCGGAAGUGGCCGGCCCUUGCCAUUGGAGGAGAAUGGGACGCCUGUGGAAGGAAAGGCUGAGCUGAAUCGGAGUUCGCAGAGAUGGCAGGAUGCGGCCGGCGCCAUGAUUUAUUUCAGCUUGCGUGCGACAGGCGUGUCGAUGGACGGCGGAGAGCUGUUUCAGAUGUCGGUUGCAGAUGACAUCAGUGACCUUGGGCCAGGUGGUGGGGCAGCGUGGUUUUUCGGAUCGCUGGUGAUGAUCAUGAUGUGUUCACUGGCGAUCCUGGCCUGCCUCGAGCAAGACGACCUCGGCGAGGUGGGGGAGGAGCAAGCCCAAAAGAUGAGGCCAGAUGCUCCGUCAGGAAUCAUGGCCACAGCCACCACUGCGGACCCGGGGCCUGGCUCUGUGCAGGCGUCUGAGCCUGGUACCUGGACACAGUCCGGCUUCAAGCCAUCCUGGCAGGAGCCGCCAGCGCCAGCCCAGCCCGAGGUCCUGGCCAGCGUGGAGGCUUCCCUGCCAGCUCCACAGCCACAGGCCCAAUCACCCGCCGGGGCGUCGGCCCAUCUUCCAGAGGUGUCCGAAAGCUCACCGCCAGUGCGGCGGCAGGCAUCAGCAGCAGAACAGCCUUGGGCCUCAUCGUACUUGCCAGAGGUGCCUGCGACACAGGCUGGCAUGGAGGAUUCCAUCGCCCGCUUGCCGCCGAUGCUCUCCGCCUUCCCGCCGGUCUAUGGUGGCGGAACGCCGGAUGACAUGGCGGAGGACAGUCCUGACCCACUCGGGGAGGAACCAGCACAGUCACAGCCCGCGUCACUGCCGUACUCCCUGGGAGCUGCAGAGGCGGACGACGGCUUUGCCUGGUUCGACGGCGGAGAGCCUGGCAUGGAGAACAGUGGGACGCUUUGCCCAGGGAUGAUGGUCGACCCAACCAAUGAGUGCGCUAUGGCCGUUCCAAUUGCAGAUCAGGAGAUGGCUGCAAUCUCCAUGACCAUCUUGGCGCUUGACCAGCGCCCAGUGCUCAAGGCUGAGGUCUACAGGGGCGAGGAGUGCCGUGCUCCGACGUGGGUCAGCCAGAUGGUCGGGGAAAUGUGGCCUCCGGACAACGUUUGCCCGGUCAGCACCAUGAGGGGAAAUCAGCAUCCCAGCGUCGUCCUGACCUCGCUUCCGCCAGACAUGCAGAGGGAUGACAUCGACCCAGAAAAUCCGGACGAUGAUGACUUUCAGAUUCUGUGCGCUUGCUAUUUGGUAAAUGGAGGAGAAGAUUGCUUGGAGUUUGAUAUCUACAAUGGCAACGGUGAGUUCUUUGGCCGGAUGGGUCGAGAUCACAGCAGGUCAUGCCGCUUUAUCAUGAGAGGCGGCAAUUAUGGUGAGGUCAGAUACUUCAUUGACGGAGUGUUCGAAGACUAUGCAAUCCUUUUCACCGACAUGUCCCAGGACAUUUUGGCAGAUGGGGAGGCGUUCGACUCCUCUGAGCUUCCUUUCCCUGAGGCGGCGGGCUGCAUACGCUUGAGAAUCCACGGAGCUCAGCAGGCGGUGGAUGCAGGUCUCAUUUUGACGAUGCUCUUUUGCGCCUAUGAGCUGAGAACCUUGCUGCUGGCGGAGAAUUUGGACAUAAGGAGUGUUCUGGGCAUCCUGGCAGAGAUCAAAACCGCCAGGCUCAGACCCAGCAGCAUCAGCUUCAAUGCAGUGGCCAGCGCAUUGGGAGGAUUUGCGCUGUGGGAACGGUCGCAGCUGGUCCUGGCAGGUUUGCAGACAGAGGGCCUGCAGGCGGAUGGCGCUUCCGUCGCCACGGUCAUCCAAAAUAGGCUACAAGAUUGGCCGUUGGCGACUUUGCUUGUUCAUCGUGCCAGGCGUUCCUUCCAGGUGACCUGCCUGGCAGCGGCGGUGUCUUCUGCCAUCCUCGCAUGCGGUCGAGCAAGGUGGGCGGCUGCUGAGGAAACACUUGAAGCUGCAAAGCGAGCAGGCUGCAUCCCCAACACUGUCCAUCGCAACAGCUUGCUGAACUGCUUCGGGCAGAACUGGGCCCGGGCCAUUCAGCUGGCAAACUGCCGUCCCGAUGUCGUGACAUUCAAUACCAUCAUGUCCGCGGCAUCGCAUCGCUGGCAGAUGUCGUGUUCGAUUUUCGCUGGUAUUCUGCAGAGACGGCUUUUCCACACGGUGGUGAGCUUCGGCGCGCUGGCAGCCGCCCUUGGCCCACAUGUGUGGCGCCGGGCGCUACAAAUACUGCGUGGUGGGGUGGAGCCAAAUGCUGUGGUGAUGAGUGCUGUGGCAGGAGCUUGCAAGGAAGCCGCGUGGGAGCAUGCUGCUGCGCUCUCGGCCCAGAAGAUGACCACGGCCAUGAGUUGGCAAGGUGCCCUUGCCAGCCUUGGGAAAGACCCAAGGCUUUGCUUCAUGCAGCCGGCCUGGCGCGAGGCACUGUCUACACUGCUUGCGCUGGAGGACUAUGGAGUUCAAGGCAGCAUUGUGGCAAUUUGCUCUUUGCUGAAGCCCUUGCGCGACGAGCAGUGCUGGAAAGAAGUGAUCAUGCUCCUUUCCCGGAACAACAAGUGGGGCAUCCAGGGCAAUGUGGCUUCGGAUGGGCUUCUGGCCUCAGCCUGCCAGAAGCACUGGGCCUAUGCCAUACAGGUGAUGGUAGUUUCCCAGGCGACGGGUAUCAAGACAGAUGCAGAGCUACAGAACAUGGUCUCAAACGGCUGUGCCAAAAGCAGCCAAUGGGCCUCGGCCUUGCAGCAGCAUUCCCGCCUGGACCUCCAGACGGCCCGGAGCAUGUUUGUAGGUGUAGCCCCUCAUUGGCAACAAGAACUCGCCGUGAUGUCCAUGCUCGAGUCGAAUGGCAAGGCAUGUGAUGAAGUCUAUGCUUUGGCCGCUUCAGUGUGCAGCAGCAUCAACAAGUGGCAGGCAGCGGCAAGCUUAUUCAGGCUGCUUCAGGCGCCUAACGAGCAAGUGUGCGCCGCAGUGCUGAGAUCCUUCGCUGCCACUGGCAAGGCGGAAGAAGCUUUGGACGUCCUGAGCUCGAUGAAGCGCAAGGGCGUCCGUCUAGAAGAGGUACACAUGGUCGCUUCUUUGACCGCUUGCACCAAGUGCUGGGUGCAUGCUUUGCACUUGCUUCAGCGAAGCCAAUGCGAAGCUUUGCUGCGCCAAGAUGUUUGGCACGCAGGCGCCCAAUGCACUUCGAGCUGGCUCCAUCAAUUGGAGCUGCUGGCGAACGCCCCGCAUGCAACCGUCCAGCCGGAUGUGACGGCGCUGGCAACCAUCGCAGCCAAGACAGCUGCAGCGAUCCUUGGCCUUCUGAAGUUCUGGGACGGGGCAUGCAAAAAGAUGAACCAGACCACUCGCGAGCGAAGCACGCGCAGCAAGAUCCUGUUUGUGGCAAUGCCGAUGGCUGCCCUGCACCGUGAGCUGAUGAAGGUGCACUUCAUGAUCGAUCCUACCAGGCAUUUGUACAAGCAGCUUGGCAAGGAAAGCGUGAGCUCAGUGAGCUCCCUGGCUGCCUUGAGCCAGCAGAUAGAGGAGAGCCGGGCACAGCAGCUGCAAGAGAGGUCAGCAAGAGCAUUGGAGCUGAUGCAAACCGCUGUGGAAUGGAAGUCCUGGGAAGAGCUGCGAACCCUGACAAAGGCGUUCCAAUGCUACCUGCAGGAGAUCCGGGAGACCGACCAGCAACGGAAGCGGGACUUUGAAACGAGUCUAUCUCGGGUCCGUGCUGCACGCGACCAAUUGGCCACUGCCAAAUGGCACAAGGAGGAAGCAACCAGCGAGGCCGACAUCAUGACCAAAGACAAUGCUGAGUUGCGUCGUCAGCUUCAGUUCGAUGCGCGGCAGUUUGUGGCUUUGCUUCAGAGCUGUGCGCAUUUGGAGAAGCAGCUUGCCGUCCUAAAGCAAGCUGACGACUGCAUAGCUGAAGAUGAAGGAGAGGUUGCUGCCUCCAGCCCACAGCCCGAAGACCUUGAAGGUGAGCUUGCUGCCUCCAGCCAGCCCGCAAAAGCAGACCCCGGCGCAAAGUUCGCCGAGGCAACUGAAAGGGAAGGCGCACCCGUUGCAGAGACAGCGGCGGAGACGACAGCAGAACUGAUGUCCCCCGAAGGAGCACCGGGUGCUGCGCAGGAACCGGCUCAUUCACCAAGUGAAGCACAGCCUUCCGAUGUUUCCACGGCACUUGCGCCAUCACCGGCGGCCUCACCACCGGCAACUCCGGGGCCUGCUGCCUCGAAGCAGGCAGCCUCACCAGACGUCGAACCACAGCCAGAGGCAAUGGCGACGGAACCCGCGAUCACACACACAGAUGUGCAGAAGGACGCGAUCCACGUCCUGUCGACGCUCGCGGAGCUGAAGAAGAGGCUGCAGCUAUGUGCACCAAGGGAUGCAUCGAUUUCAACGUGCGAUGGCACUCCUGCUCUGCGAGAUCUGGCAAGCCCCGGCAACACACUUGCAGAGGACGCAGAGGAUGCUGCCAGCGCAGCCGACACUGGGGCAUCGCGGACCAGCGAACCGCCGCAUGGCCUCAGCCAAGAGCCCCAAGAGCCCACACCACAAGCUGGCCCGGGACGUCAGGAGAGGCUGCAAGCCACACUGGCAUCACCUAGUGACGCCGAGUCUUCGCCCCUGCUGCGGCCUUCAGUGCUGGCAGCCACGGAGGCUGCCCGCUGGGCCGCAGUGAAGAAUCUGCCAAAGGCACCAGCUUCACUCCGAGCCGGGAUGACGCAGGAGGACUCGGAAGAGGUGGCGCGCACCUCGAGACCUUCGCGGUACAUUUCGUAUGUGGUACGGGGCCAAGUCCCAAUGGCUUUGGAGCCGAUCACGAUGGCCGCGGCAACUGUAUGCAGCCCCAGGCGGUUGACUACUGCAUCCGACCACAGCCCAACUCGUCCAACAGGAGCUGCAGGCACGGCAGAGCCAAGCUAUGCUCGCAGGCCAGUUCCAUCAGCUGUGAGUGCUGCACCACAAACUCGGAGAGGUGCCUGGCCGCAAGAUGGGCGCAGCCCAGCAGGCUCACCGGUAAGGCUGGGCUUGCCCAACACGCCAGAGUCUCCUGACAAGUCAGCCCAAUCAGGGCAGACCAGCCAGCUUCCUGCGGUGCCUCCUUUGCCCCAGGCAAAGCUGUCGCCCCAACGGGCAGGCCUACAGGAGCCAGGCCCAGCUGGCAAAGCUGAUCUCCAGUCUCCUCGCGGCAAGCCGGCCGAAGCGCGCGCGGACGCCUCCUACGUGGCCACCAUCCAGCUGGUGAAAGACCUGAACCGAGGGAAAGUUCCAAGCGCCACUUCCAAAAUGCCCUACAAGAAGGUAAGGCAAGAUGAGGUGAAGCAAGCGGGAGUGAGCUUAGCGAAGAACCGUGAGCGCCCAAUGAAGCGGGACGACGACACGAGGAGACCUCGAGCUGGUGCUUCAGGCGAUGGUUGCACGAAGGCAUCCCUGUAG